GGAUUUUUAAUUAGAGAAAUUUGUGAUUAAUCAUCAACAUCUUAGCAGCAAUGUCUGGAUACAUGAGGCAAAGGCACAAUCAAGGCUAUGGUGAUGCAUCAUCAAGUAGUGAUGAUGAUGGUGAUGAAUGUUCAAGACCUGAUUUUUCAACACCUCCUAAACCUGGGACAUGGGUUGAAUUCCUGUUGAAUUUUCUCUGGAUUGCAUCUGCUGUUUUUAUGAUCUAUCUUGGUGAUGGUGAUUCCAAUUUUGUGUUCCUCUUGUGGCAUGAUGAAGAAAGAAUUAAAAGGCUUCCGUUGUACUUUGGGAUGAUAGGUGUUGGUUUGAUUACUCUGUUCUUCUUGUAUGCAACAAUUAUGGUAGCUUGUGGAGCCAGGAAAACCAAUCAAAAUUGGGAAAUUUUAAGUGUGGCUGCACUUUUGCCAAUUCUCAUUGUCAUUGGAAUCACCACCUUCUGCUUCUUCACGUUUGCAUUGUGGCCAAUUUGGAGUUUCUUGACUUUGCCGCUUGUGUUCACUCUGUUUAUGUCAGGCACGGUGAUCUUGCCAUAUUUGGUGAUCCGGACAUUCAAGCGUCAGCUCAAUGUGGAACAGCCUAACUCCAUACUAUAAAAUCAGCGAGGUUGCGCGCAAAAGUAAACUAUUCUUUUAGGACGAAAGGAGUACAUGCUGACAAUGAAUUGCCAAGCAUUUAGGUUAAUUUUGACUCGAAAAGUGGAAUGUGUACCUUUUAAUAUUCCCA